AUGGAGGAUCUCCCCAAAGCCCUGGAGGUUGAUGAGAAGUCUCCAGAAUCCAAGGACCUGCUCCCCAGCCAAACCGCCAGCUCCCUGUGCAUCAGCUCCAGAAGUGAGUCUGUCUGGACCACUGCCCCCAGGAGUAACUGGGAGAUCUACCGCAAGCCCAUCGUCAUCAUGUCUGUGGGCGGCGCCAUCCUCCUCUUCGGUGUGGCCAUCACCUGCUUGGCCUACACCCUGAGUCUGGGUGAGAAGAGCCUUAACGUCCUUCGGAUGACAGGGCCUGCCUUCCUGUCCCUGGGACUCAUGAUGCUGGUGUGCGGGCUGGUGUGGGUGCCCAUCAUCAAAAAAAAGCAGAAGCAGAGGCAGAAGUCAAUGUUCUUUCAGACCCUCAAGUCCUUCUUCUUAAAUCGCUGAUGUUGGCCUCCCCUUCUGUCUUUCCCAUCAGCCUGCCACCUCACCCAGGAGCAGAUCUGAUGACCAACAUCCAACAUCCCCUCUCCCUGGUGGUGGAGUUUGCCAUAAAAAUGAUCCAGAAACCCUCUUCCAGGAUCUGCAGGAAAGAGAGCGCUCAGGACUCCACCCUCCUCGUAGCUGGGGCUCAUUGCUGGAUGUAUCUCAUUUAGUGUCUGUUAUCACUGAUGCUUCCCUAGUUCCUGCCCUCGGCCAUCCCCUUUCAUGGCUCUCAUUCCCUGUCAUGCAUUCAGGGAUCGCUCAGCUAACUCUCUCUGCCAAGUGCUAUGCAUGUUGGGAAAUUCCUUGGGUUGGGCUAUGCCCCAAGGAGAACCUCAUGUUUACAUAUCUGAGUACCUGGGCUGGAUCCCACGUUUGCAUCUUUCUAGAACCAAACUGACCAACAGAGGCGCUUCACAGAGGGGAGGGAGGGCUGACUUCUGACCCCCUGGGUUUGCCAGCCCAGCUCCCUUCGAAAGUGAGAUACUGACUUGCAUUUCAAGAGAAGACCCUACAAGUCACAAGUAUCAGACAUUCCAAAGAGUGAACAAGGGAGGGCUGGGGAAGCCACAUUCCCUCUGGACAAGGCUCUGGGAGUCAGCCAGCUGAGGAAGUUCAAUUCUCAGUUACAUAGUAUUUACAGAGGCCGUGGGUAUGUGAGGGGGUGUCACAGUUUCUCCUUGACCUUCUGACUCCUUCGCCUUGACUACUCUGAACUUGCCAACUAGCCAAGGACAAGUGCAUGUUGCCCUCCCGUCCUCUUUGCCCUUGCUUCUAGAGCAGCCACAAUGGAGCGCUGCAGACGGCUCUGUAAGCCUGCUCUCUCCUUCGCCUCCAUGGAGAAUCAAAACCAAGAUAGAAUUUCACAUUUGAAAGGGCUGUAGGUUUCCAGAGAUGGGAUUCAGUCUCCAAAGUCCGUCUCCCUGCCCCCGCCCACCAAACAAGCAAACAUAUAUUAAGUGCCCUACUCUGGGCCAGGCCCUGGGCUGGGAGCAAGACAGAUCCAUUCUCUGCUCUCAUCUUCUUUCCCAAGUGCGAGAUACAACACGAACACCCUGAG